GAGUUCCUGGGUCUACUGUCAAUGGACAGAUAAUGUUCAAAAUUGACAGACCUCACCUGUGCGGUCGGUGGAGCAGCAACCAAGCGGAUCCCGCUGAUGGGCUCUUCGUUUUCCGGCCUUGACAAGCAUGGUAACUGUUACAGUUUCGGAGUGUUUCCCGUGUCAAAUUCAGCACAACAAAUCCGUCCAUCGAUUUCGACCCAUCCUUCUGGUCUGACAUGCAACGCUUGCAGACAACAAACGGAUGUGUCCACAGCAUUUAGACAGCGUCCGGCUCAUUCCUAUCAGCAUGGGCACAACACUAGUGACAUCACUCUGUCAACACUCGGCACUUCUGUUACAUCGGCGGAGGUGUUGGAUGAACAACCUGGUCGGGCCGACUUUACUUGGCGGUUACGACCGGAGCGACUGCAUCAAUCGGCUUCCUCGCCUCGCACAUUAUUCACUCAAGAAGCCCUCCAAUCACAGGUGCACAGGGUUGGCAUUGUCCACGCAUCCCAGUGCGAAUUAGUUGAUGACAAUGCACAAGGGCAUGGCGUUCAGCUGAGUGAAAAGUGCAGUUCGUGGACCUCCGAUAUUGUUAAUGCCUCUUUGACAUACACCACAGGAGUUGCCAACUCGGUCAGUAGACAUGUUGCGCAAUUUCACAGUCUUAUUCAAAAAUGGUCAAACUCGGAAAUAGCCCAGUUGUGCUCACAGUUCGACUUCUUAAUAAGAGUCAAAAAUGCUUCCUUCGCAUCCGCUGAUGCCAGACCAAAGUCCCCGACGCUAGAGGAUGAUUUGAAAUCCUUAUGUGCCAACGGUUGGUGCUGUAAUCUGCGGCUUUCAUAUGGCGGAUCCCUUCAUGGGGUGCAUUCCUAUGUUCUGGCCGCACGCUCUACGACAUUUUUCGAACUUCUCAACGCUGUUUACAGUCUUCCUUUUCCAGCUCGCAUAUCCGCCUGUCCUUCAUCCAUAUUAACUCUCGUUCUGCCAGUUUCCCUCUUCUUUUGAGGAGCACCUUGCAGAUGUUCCUCCACACACUUCUCCUGAUGUACUUCCAACCACCAUCAGUCAGCGUUGUUGGGUGAAAUCGGCCCCGUCCACCCCUGAGACUGAACCCAAUCUACAUAGUAACCAAACUCCCCCUUCGAAGUCAAAGUUUAGGUCACCGGCGAAGACGCUGAGCAAUCGCUUGCUAGCCUUGUACUCUGGAGCCGACACACUGACUGACG